GUGCGGCGCUCUACUCCAAAUGUAUUUUUGGGUCGUUAUCGGUAAUUGUUUACAAAUAAAAAAUAAUACUCCUCAGUGAGUUACAAGCGAUCAGUAAAGAGAGUCAGAUCUGAACCUGUUUUAUUGUAAACCCAUCUAUUUUUCAAUUAUGUCGAGAAGAAAAAUGAAUUAUCUUUGUAAGGAAAAUAUAGAUAGUGACGAUGACAAUUUUGAUUUUCGCAUCUAUAACGAUGUAGCUGUUGACUUGGAAAGCAGUUAUAGUGACAGCAGUGAUAGUGAUAUUCUUGUUCCUGGAAGAAGAAGAAAAAUAAGAAAACUUUCAUCGAGUGACGAAAGUGCAGAUGAUGGAGAAGAAAAUCACAGGAAGAAAAUUUAACCGAGAGUAUUUAUAACGUAAGAUCUUCUGAUUGACAGGAAAUUUUUAACUAAAAUAUCAUUCCACAACGAUUUGAAUUUUCGACUGGUACAAAAACUCCUGGUCCGCAGAUUCUUAGAGAUAGGAUAUUAUCAAAAUGCUCUAUGUGGAAUGACUGGUGUGGGGUUGAAUUUGAAGAGAUGAAAGCUUUUCUUGGCGUCAUACUGAACAUGGGUACAGUUUAUGUGAGCCACAUUCAAAAUUAUUGGUCAAAGGAAUUUGAAACACGAAUAUCGUUCUUUAGCAAAAUACUCAGCCAGAAGAGUUUCUUGCAAAUUUUUGGGAUGUUACACUUGAAUGAGAAUGCUUCAAAAGCUCAAGACAUCAGAACGAGAGUUCAAAAAGUAAACGAUUUCAUCGAAUACUUGGACGAGAAAUUCCGAGAGUAUUUUGUACCCGGAAAAGAAGUUUCUAUAGAUGAAGCUGUUGUAAAAUUUAAGGGGAGGAUUAGUUUUAUAACCUAUAAUCCACAGAAACCUACUAAAUGGGGAAUACGGAUAUUUGUCCUGGUCGACGCAAAAUCCGCAUACGUUUAUGGCAUUUUACCAUACUGUGGUAAACUCACAUCGCAAGAUCUUAUAAAACCAGAUCUGCCAGUAUCAUCACGAAUAGUUUUACAUCUGUGUAACAAAUUGUUACAUUCCGUUCCUGGCUGUGCGGGAUAUCAUGUUUACACAGAUAGAUACUAUACAAGUUUAACCCUGGCAGAGGAAUUGUUACAAAUGAAAUGCCACAUAACAGGUACAAUAUAAAGAAAUUGCAAACACCACAAGGAAUUUCUAAUCCGAAAUUUAUCAAUUCAAAUACAAUUGCAAUACGCCAUUCAAAUUACUUACUCCUUGCUUGUUGAGCACGUAUCACACCUUCGGGUCAAGAGUCAUAACUAGAUUUUCACGAAAUUAUACUAUUGAAGAAGUUUCAAAACCAAUUGCUGAUUAUACGAGUAAUAUGGGUGGUGUAGAUAAAGCCGAUCAAUAUGCAUCAACAUAUUGUUUCCUGAGAAAAUCGUUGAAAUGGUGGAAAUUGUUCCUUUUGGGGACUAGAAACAAGCGUAAUAAAUGCUUAUAUACUUUACAAGAUUUCUCAGGAAAGGAAAGGAGAAAGCGCUUUGUCACACUAGAAGUUUGUCAAAUUAUUAGGAAGUCAGCUCGUAAGUAACUUUCGGAAUAACAAUGCGUAUGGCAGGCCUUCCGGAAUAGAUAAGGAACAACGUUUAGAUGGGAAACUCCAUAUAAUAAAUCAGUUGCCGAAAGGGAAAAAGAAAAAGUGUCUUGUUUGUUCACCAAAAGGAAGUAAUGCGGUAAAAAAACAAUCGGUUUUCUACUGUGAGACCCGUGAACGCAAACCCGGUUUGCAUCCCGAUGAAUGUUCUAAAAAAUUCCACACAUUACUCAAUUAUAAUUAAUAUAAAUAUUGUAGUCAGAAUUAUAUUACUUCUGAGAUGAAUAAAGAUUGUUUUGAAUGA